CAGCACCCCACCCAGCAGUGGUGCGUCUCUCUGGGAUGUUCGUGCGGAGGUGUCCGUCGACGAGGGCCGCAAGCUCGACGAGCUCAAACGGCAGCACGACGACCAGCUGAGGCUGGUGGUGACGGCGUGCUACUCGCUGCAGGACGAGCAAUGCCCAGUAGAAGACGCGGUGCCGGUCCCAGCUCCCCGUCCAGCAGCGCGGCGUCCCUCUUCGAGGAUCCUGCGGAGGUGUCCGUCGUCGAGGGCCUCGAGCUCGACGAGCUCAAACGGGAGCACGACGACCAGCUGGGGCUGGUGAUGACGGCAUGCUUCUCGCUGCAGGACAAGCAAUGUCCAGUAGAGGACACGGCGAAGGGAGGCCCCGGGGACGGCGAGAUGCAGCCCGAGCAGUCCAUUGAAGAAGUGGCGUCUUCUCUCGGCGACGCAACCAGGCAGGGUGAUUCUACUAUCGACGCUCAGUUGGUGCAGAUCAACCGGCUGGAUGCCGAAAAGGCCCCGCGGGUGUUGCGAAAGAAGCGGCUCGACAAGAAGUACACCAAAAGCGGGUGUGAAAGUAAAACCAAUACCAGUGGCGCUCUGCAGGCGAACUCGGCCGAGCUCAACAACGGGGCCUUCAAAUGCGAAGUGUGCGGGAAGAGUUUUACGCGAACGAGUCAUCUAAAGAGGCAUAGAUUGUACCACACAGGAGAAAAACCAUUUAGCUGUGACCUCUGUCACUCGCGUUUUACUGAGAAAGGUCAUCUUGUCGUUCACUUGAGGACACACACUGGUGAGAAGCCAUACACCUGUGAUAUGUGUAACAAGGCUUUUAUCAAAAAAUCAGGCCUCAAUAGACACAAAACAAUUUGCAUUUCUAUUAAACGUACUCUCUUUUGAAUUCAUUUAUAUUUUUAAAGCCAGUGUAGGCAUUGUUUAAACAAUAAUUGUUAUUGCAACAUUUUUGUAAGUUUAUUGUUGUAUUACGAUUAAAAGCAUAGGUCUACAGAUUUCAUCAA